AAACUUCUUUCCGCAUCGUAUUCCUAACAGCAAUUUUUGAUGCAUUCCAAAGCGCUCUCUCUAUUCGCCUAUUCCUGUUGCUAGCAGAUAACGUUACAGAGGACAGUACAGCCAUUUAUUUUGCAUCCUUUUUCUCAUCGUAGAUCUCACUCCAUCUUUCAUCACGAUUCCAUUUGGGAGAUCAGGAGAAAAUCAUUCGUUUUCUUUACUUCAGCAUCUCCAAUCUCACCCAACUUCAUAAGUUAAAAUCAUAAUUCACCGGCAUAAUGAAAAAUACUUCAUCACUCGUUUAAAGAAGGAAGAAGGAUCUGAAGGCGAAAAUCGUUCGUAUUGAUUAUUAGAUAGUGCGAAAUAGACUCUUGCCAAAAAGACUCACCUACCGGCCUCCUCAAUCCAAACACGCGCUGCUCCCUUGCGCCAUCGAGAAUUCUUGACAUCCAUCUUCAUCCCGAUACACAUUUGGAUUUGGGAUAUUCCAGACCUGCACAUGUUUUAUUAUUCACUCGACUAAAUCACUUCACCGGUACCUACCUUCAUUCGUUAUUUCCAAGGAAUAUCGGUACAUGGACUUCUAUACCGGCGCCACUUUGUUUUGACUUUGGUCGACCAAGGAACCACCCGCACCAUUAAACAGGGAUAAUACAGCAAUCCCUCGACUCUGCACAAAACAAAACAACUUUGACCACUGUUUGACCGCUAUCAAUGUAUGCUUCCCCAUAUUCCUAAUGCUCUUUCCAAGUUAUGCUUGCCCCUCACAGUCACUCUGAUUGAAAAGCUGCUCUGCCGAAACAGCAUUUGUUGUCGGCCAUCUAAUUUCUCCCGGGGAAUUUGAUUACCGCUGCUUCAUUCCUUCUAACCGCUCCCAUCAGUGACGGAGGCGCCGAAGUGAUUGUAGUUGGAGAUAUCCAUUUGCAUCUCACAAUUGAGUCACUGAUCACAUUUAUUAAUUAUACUGGAAUAGAAUCAUGUCUCCUCCUAGGCGGCCUGAUCAUGGUGAAUCAAAUAGAUCUCAACAUUAUCGAAGUCAUUCGCGGCGCGCACAAGUUCAAGAUGAAGAAACUGUCUAUUACACCCUACCAGCAGCUUCACCUACACAUGAAAGUCGACCUUCAAAAUCUUCUUUUUCUGAUACAGCAUCAUCGCCACUCACUCCAACAAUGUCUCGCGAUCCAAUUUCGCCAACGCGCACCACAGCACCGGCGACUGGGAUGUCGAGAAAACGAAGUCUCAUCCGCCCGGAACGUAACAGAAUCGAUGAAAACCAUCCCAAUUACCAUUAUCGCCAGCAUGCCGCCAACAUGGAUACUCAGCCUUCAACGACUGGCAACGAUCCAAUGAUGGAAGAUAUAGAGGCAGAUGCUGCAAACACAGAGACAUCAGGCCUGCGAACAUCGGGAGAAGCGGAAUCCGAUAUUACACCUCCGGUAAAACGUCCCAGACGCGGCCAUGGAGCUGGACCAGAAGACCUUGCUUCAAACGAAAAGGCAGGGUUUGCUUCAGAGUCUCGAGGGGGGAACAAGCUGAAGAGAGAGAGGGUGCAGAAGAUGUCGAAAGAAGAGAAAGCAAGGCAGAAGGCCCUCGAUACUGUGAAACCACCUAGUCUGUGGAAUGUUUAUUGUGCCAUUGUAACUUUCUGGUGUCCAGGUUUUGUUCUGAAGUGUUUUGGUUUUGGGUCCAAGGCACAGCAAAGAGCCUGGAGAGAAAAGAUGGGUUUGAUCAGCAUAAUUCUGUCUAUCAUGGCAUUUGUGGGGUUCUUGACAUUUGGAUUUACGGCAACAGUAUGUGGUACUGGUGGAGGUCUACGAUUACAAGUCAACCACGUCGAUUCCGGAUAUAUGAUCUUCCACGGUCGCGCAUAUGACCUCACCAAAUCACAUCAUCCUGCUGCAACAGGUAUCACAUCUGGUGCGAAUGUUUUAUAUGAUCUGCCUCAAAAGUAUGGGGGUAUGGACGGAAGCUUCUUGUUCCAAAAUGUCAAUGGCAAAUGUAAAGGCCUGAUUACUUUGGCUGAUGGAUCAGACGUCCCAACCAAUUCUGACAAGGAUCUUGCAUGGUACUUUCCUUGUCAUGCUUUCAACCAAGAUGGCUCAAGCUCCCCAAAUGAGACCGCCGGUGCUUAUUUUGGAUACGCAUGCCAUUUACAAGCAGAGGCACGCUCAUCAUUUUACAAGCUCAAUAGUGCUGGGGAUGUCUAUUUUACUUGGGGCGAUAUCAAGAAUUCUUCGAGAAACCUCAUGGUAUACUCUGGCAACGUGCUUGAUCUGGACCUCCUGAAAUGGUUCAAUACCACGCAAGUCACUGUUCCAUCCAGGUUUACUACCCUCGCCGACACUACAACCGCCGCCAACGAAGCGGUACGCGGUAGGGAUGUUACACACGCAUUCCAAUCAUCAGAGGACAAGAGAAUUGCGCAAUGUUUCGAGCAGAUUAUCAAAGUUGGAAGUGUUGAUACCGAGACUGUUGGAUGUAUCGCUUCCAAAGUAGUCCUUUAUGUAUCCUUGGCAUUCAUUCUUGCCAUCGUCCUGACUAAAUUCGUGUUAGCGUUGAUAUUCCAAUGGUUCAUUGCUUCCAAAUACGCUGCAUCAAAAACUUCUCAGUCAUCCGACCCUAAGAAGCGCCAACAACAGAUUGAGGAGUGGUCCGAUGAUAUUUACCGGGCGCCCGUAAGAAUGGCCGGUGAUAUUGGUAGCUCCGCUCCCGGAUCAGGAUCUGAAAGGCCAAGCAAACGAGCCAGUGUGUUUUUGCCGACGACUUCUCGAUUCUCAAAUCCUUAUGCUGCUGACCGAUCAUCUCGCGUUGGACGCCCUCAGCCUACAACCAUGGCCAGUCAAAACUCUACAGCUCAGUUGAUUCCUUCGAACCCCUUGUUCCGAAAUCAGAACAGUAGCAGAAACAGCCUUUUGCGAACAGAUGGUGCAAAUGACUUUGAUGGACCUAACCCUGCAAGCUUCGUCCACGAGCUAGUAGUUCCUCAACCACCAAAAGAGUGGGAACCAUACGGAUUCCCUUUGGCUCACGCGAUUCUUCUAGUGACCGCCUACUCGGAAGGUGAACUUGGUGUUCGUUCGACUCUCGACUCUCUCGCUACAACUGAUUAUCCAAACAGUCACAAAACUAUCCUAGUUAUUUGUGAUGGUAUCAUCAAGGGUGAAGGGGAACCAAAGUCAACGCCUGAUGUUGUUCUUGGUAUGAUGAAAGAAUUUGUAACUCCUGUAGAAGAAGUCCCGGCUUUCUCUUACGUUGCAGUGGAAAGAGGAUCCAAAAGACACAACAUGGCCAAGGUCUAUGCUGGGUUCUAUGACUAUGGUGCUGAUUCUACCAUCGACGCCAACAGACAAAUCCGAGUUCCAAUGGUGUGUAUCGUCAAGUGUGGCACUCCUGAUGAAGCUACACAUCGCAAACCUGGAAACCGAGGCAAGCGUGAUAGUCAAAUUAUCUUGAUGUCUUUCCUACAGAAAGUCAUGUUUGAUGAACGUAUGACUGAGCUCGAGUUUGAGAUCUUUAAUGGAUUCUAUCAAAUUACUGGUAUAUUUCCGGAUAUGUAUGAAGUUAUUCUCAUGGUUGACGCAGACACAAAGGUGUUCCCCGACAGUUUGACACACAUGGUAUCAGCAAUGGUAAAGGACCCUGAAAUCAUGGGACUUUGCGGCGAGACAAAGAUUGCGAACAAACGUGCUAGUUUCACAACCGCCAUUCAAGUUUUCGAAUACUUCAUUUCACAUCACUCUGUCAAAUCCUUUGAGUCGAUCUUUGGUGGGGUUACUUGUCUUCCAGGUUGUUUCUCCAUGUACAGAAUUAAAGCUCCAAAGGGUGGCAACUAUUGGGUACCUAUCUUGGCCAAUCCUGAUGUCGUCGAACAUUACUCCGAUAACGUGGUGGAUACUUUACACAAGAAGAAUUUGUUGCUUUUGGGAGAGGAUCGAUACCUUUCCACGCUCAUGCUUCGAACUUUCCCCAAGCGUAAACAAGUAUUCGUUCCACAAGCUGUUUGCAAAACUCAAGUACCAGACUCCCUCUGGGUUCUCAUGUCACAAAGGCGUAGAUGGAUUAACAGUACUGUCCACAAUCUGAUGGAAUUGGUUUUGGUUAGAGAUCUUUGCGGUACCUUCUGCUUCAGUAUGCAAUUCGUCGUCUUUAUCGAUCUUGUCAGUACCUUGGUUCUUCCAGCAGCUAUAGCCUUCACAAUCUACGUCGGUAAGUAAGCCAUUCUCUAUGACAUUGUAACAUUUGACUAACCGUUUCCUAGUAAUUAUUUCAAUUAUUCGUCGCCCUGUGCAAAUUAUUCCGCUCGUACUUUUAGGUUUGAUUCUUGGUUUGCCAGCAGUUUUGAUUGUUAUAACUGCUCAUCGUUGGGUCUACGUUCUUUGGAUGAUGAUCUAUCUCGUCUCCUUACCCAUUUGGAAUUUCUUAUUACCGUCAUACGCCUUUUGGAAAUUCGAUGAUUUCUCCUGGGGAGAUACUCGUAAGACUGCAGGUGAAAAGACUAAGAAAGCUGGAAUUGAAUACGAGGGAGAGUUCGAUAGUUCAAAGAUUACUAUGAAGCGAUGGAAAGAGUUUGAGAAAGAAAGAAUAUUAAGGAGUAACUCAAGUUGGGUCAACUCAAAUACCUCGGUGAACAAGGAGAAUCAUCGUUGGCAGCAACAUCAAUAUGAUGAUUAUACCGAUAGUUAGGGGGCUGGAAAGUGAUAUCCGGUUGGAAGUUAUUGACUUGGAUUAGACUUGCUCAUUAUUUGUUGAGCGCACAUAAUGCAUUGCGUGGUUAGGAAAUGGGAUUAAAAUCCUCCAUCGCCAAGUUUUGGGGCGAUAGUAUAGUCUAAUGAUGGCGUAAUUCUGUUUUGUAGUCUUAGGACCCUGGUUUUUGGUACUUUGCAUUUUAUUAAUUGAUGGUGCACGUAUACACAUUCACGAAGUACUUGAUUAAUUGGUUUAUGGCAUUUAUAUUGGAGUGGAAUGGAGUGAGAUGGAGUGAGAUGGAGUGAGAUGGAGUAGAAAUUAAUUA